GUGGGCAGUGAGCAGGCUAUCGACUUCGACGAGGAGCAGGAGCCCGAUAUCUACGACGGCGACGACAACGCCCAAGAGCCCGACAACGUCGACCCGAACGAUGACAACGUCGUAGUGUCCGGAGACGCGAGCGCCGCUGCUGCCGCCAAGAACAAACCCAAGAAUACGGUCGAGAGCGAGAAGGACAGGAAGGUCGCGUCACACCUCCGCACAACCACCCCGUACAUGACAAAGUACGAGAAGGCGCGUGUGCUGGGUACAAGGGCGCUACAGAUCAGUGGCAAUGCCCCAGUCCUAAUCGAUGUCGAAGGCAUGACAGACCCUCUCCAGAUUGCUGCAAAGGAGCUGCGCGAGAAGAAGAUUCCGCUGGUAGUGCGACGAUAUCUGCCAGACGGUUACUACGAGGAUUGGACCUGCGAGGAGCUUCUGACGUAG